GUGCACAAUUCACGUUGCAAUAAUUCGUUCCGUUUGUGAUUUGUUUCUGGCCGGAAUGUGUAACAAUGCGGAAGUAAUGGUCAUUUUUGUAUGUUUUUGACCGACUUCGGAGGUGAAAAUAUUUUUAAGUAGCUAAUAUUUGGUCUCGGGAAAAGUUUGGUCAGUUUUUAUGAAUGUACCUAAAAUGUUCGGAUUUAGCUUGGUAAUGUUAUCUGCUUGAUCGUGUUGCGUUUGGACAGCAAUUGCAAAAAUGUAAACGUGUAACAUUAUAGCUAGCUAACUUAUAGAUAGCCAACUGUAGAUAGCCAGAGAUUAGUAAUGCAGUGGUUUUCCUGCGAUUGUAAGUAUGGAUCCGAGGCAUAAAGAAUUCCUUCGAAAGCACAGACUGGAUCUGUCGAAUCAGGUUUUAAUUGACGACACAGUGGUUCAUUACCUAUACCAGGAAAACAUUUUAACAGAGAGCCAUGUCGAGGAGAUACAGGCACAGACGACCAACAAGAAGAGGACUUUGAAACUGCUCGAUAUUCUCCCUACCCGAGGUCCGCAUGCUUUCGAAGCCUUUCUGAAGUCCUUGGAAGAGGAGUUUGUGUGGGUGGCGGAAAGACUGCAGCGCGAUCUACAGAACGGAGCAUCCGCAGAGCAGGAUCCGUCAGUUUUUUUUUUGGCAGCUGUCUGCUCCCUGCUGCUCAGUCUGCUUUCCAGGAACUUUGGCAGAGGAAGCGGCUUCCUGCAAGACUCAUGUGGGAUUUCAGAGGAGGCUCUCCGGAAGGUUCCGUCGGACAAGGAGCUGAACCGGCUGUCGGGCCUGCUGGGGCCGGAGUGGGAGUCCGUGCUGCUGGAUCUGGGCGUGUCGGCGUGUCAGCUGUUUCGUUGCCGGGCCGACCACCCGCACAGCCUGCAGAGCCAGGUGCUGGCUGGCCUGAUGGUGUGGCGGCAGUCCAGAGGGAGAAGCGCCACGUUCCGGCAGCUUCUGCAGAGCCUGCGGGCCGCCCAGAUCCACCCUUCUGUGAUAGAGCAGGUAUUCCGUCAAGAAGGGGGGGAGGGGGAUCUAGCCCACUGCCCUAAAGGGUCAGGCAAGACUGCUCCAAUCCUGUAGAACCCCACGUCCCACCUAGCUCCGCCCCCACGGAACCUUGUGCCCUGCUGUGUGCCCAAUCAAAGUGCUGGAUAGGGACACGGAUGUGAAGCUUGUUUCGAAUUGAACACUAUUUCCUGUCAAGACAGGGUGGAUUUACACAAAGGAGAACAAACCAAGACUCAACCAGUGUAUCCAUCUGGACAAUUUUAGAAUUAAAUAAAACAAAUAAUAUAUGCCUUUUGUCUAUUUUAUAGGAAAACAGAUUAAAUCAUUUAUAUAAGUUA